UUAUGGAAAAGAAGGCGUUUCCGUCUCCGGUGUCAUGGCGGCCUCCGUCGCUGAAGGCGUGCCGGAGGCUGAGGACGCGAAGAGACCGCAGUUCGGGAACCGGUUCCUGAGCGACCCGGCGCGCGUCUUCCAUCACAAUGCCUGGGACAACGUGAAGUGGUCAGAGGAUCAGGCCGCGGCGGCUGAGAGGAAAGUGCGGGAGAACAGUUCGCAGCUGGUGUGCGCGGAGAAGCAAGUUGAUUAUGAAGUCAAUGCCCAUAAAUAUUGGGAUGACUUCUACAAAAUCCAUGAAAAUGGAUUUUUCAAGGAUAGACACUGGCUUUUUACUGAGUUCCCUGAACUGGCACCUAGCCACAAUCACCUGACAAAUUUACCCUUGGAGAAGCAGAGGAGUGAAGUUGGUGAAGUUGGACCUGGCCUGACAACAGAACAGCACAAGUGUUCUUGUACCAGCCAUGGAUGUGAGACUCAGGUGCCUCCUGUGGAAGAGCCAGUGACACACAAGCUCAAUCACCUAGAAAUUCGUGCUGAUGAAUUUCCUGGCUCCUCUGCCACCUACCGAAUACUUGAGGUUGGUUGUGGUGUAGGAAACACAGUCUUUCCGAUUUUACAAACUAACAAUAACCCAAACCUCUUUGUUUACUGUUGUGACUUUUCGGCCACAGCUAUUGAACUGCUCAAGACAAAUUCAGCAUAUGAUCCUUCUCGAUGUUUUGCCUUUGUUCAUGAUCUCUGUGAUGAAGAUCAGAGUUACCCAGUGCCGGAGGACAGUCUUGAUGUCAUCGUUCUUAUAUUUGUUCUUUCAGCAAUUGUUCCAGACAAGAUGCAGAAAGCUAUCAGCAAGCUAAGCAGACUCCUGAAGCCUGGAGGGGUGAUGCUUCUUCGAGAUUAUGGCCGCUAUGACAUGGCUCAACUUCGGUUUAAAAAAGGUCAGUGUCUCUCUGGAAACUUCUAUGUGAGAGGUGAUGGCACCAGGGUGUAUUUCUUCACACAAGAUGAGCUGGAUGUACUCUUCACUGCUGCGGGUCUGGAAAAGGUGCAGAACCUGGUGGAUCGCCGCCUCCAGGUGAAUCGAGGGAAACACUGCUGCUUCCAGAGCCCAGCUGGCUGCAUCAGGACAUUGCAGGUCUCUGCUUCUUCAUUUGAUCUACAGGUUGUGAUCUGA